GGUUCCUCUUCUCACCCUUCCGGCCUCUCAGAGUUUGGCGACUAACACGGGUGUGCAUGUUGCUGGUACUGGUAAUCACCACUAUGGCGGUAUUCCUCGUCCUAACUUCUAGAAGAGUAAUCAGGAAAAGCUCGAUAGGUGAUGGGAAAACCAAGCAAGGGUGUUCCUCAGAGGAUGAGGUCACUCAGCUUAAGAAGGAGAAUGAGGAUCUGUGGCGAGCGUUGCUUGGUGACAGCGAGAGCAGUCAGGUAGAGAAGCUUAAGAAGGAAUUGGCGGACCUUCGUGUGUUGGUUGCCGCUAAGUAUACGAAGGAGGAUGAGAUGGUGGCGAUCAGGCAGGAGAUUGAGCAGCUUCGAUCUUUGGCACGUGCUAGGGGGGACGUUGAACGAGAGUUGGUUGACCUCGAGAGUGAGCUGGUUGUGUUGAGAGGGCAGAAUGAGCGAGCACUGAAUGAAGUUAAGUUGUGGAAAGACGAAGCUAUGCGACCUGGUAACAAACGCGGUAACAUAGCUUUGAGCACUCCGGAUGCUGCUAAUCGCGGAACUCCUAGAGCACGAUGGACCGAUUUGGGGCAGGAUGGUGCCGAGAAGUGGAAGGCUGAAUACCAUAAAUUGCAGGAGUUAAGGCGCACAGACUUUGCUGAGGUGGAGAUGUUGAAGAAAAAACAUGCUAUGGUGGCGUCGGAGGUUUUGAAUCUGCAGAAGAAAAUGAGUGAGUUGUCUGCGGAGGAUCGUGAGGCUGACAAGACAGGAGGAGGUACCAAUCUUAAGGAUAAGCUGGAAGCAGUAACACUUCGUUCGGCGCGCAAAGGCAAGAAAGUUACCUCUAAUCGAGAUGGGGUCAAGAAGACCACCGAUCGCUCUUCCUUUGUUGAGGGGCAAAAAAAGCAGCUCAGACAAAUUCGAAAAUCAGGACUGGAAGCACUUUGCAAAGAGGCUGGCCUUGAUUCUGGUAAGGUCGAUCUUAUGAUUGAUGCGAUUGCUGAACAUCGUGCCAUGCAAGCGUUUGGAAGCUUUCCUACAAGGGACAGGGAAACUGUGGUUAUUGACUCUGAAUCCAUGCAGGAGGUGGGUAAUUUUGUGGAUGCCCAUGAUGUCUCGGUAGAGCUCUAGGUCGGAUCCCAGACGCGACCUAUUUGUGGAGAUUAGCUAAUUUAUGUAGAAACC